GUAAGGAUACGGUUGUGUGCUACUUUCUGCGUAAAACGAAAUACUAUAGAUCUUAAUAAUCACUCGCUCCAGUUGAACCGCAAACACAACGUUGCCUAAAUUAUGAUAACAAUACACCGAUAUCAGCGAGCAGCGUGUAAUAUGUUGGCCCUCUAAAACUACAAUGAAUGCAGCCUGCACUAAAAUAUAAGUGGAAUUACUCAUUACCUUUUUGAUGAAACCCCUGUGUUUGUGUCAGUGAGAAGAUGUACACAGAAAGUGAAGUCCAGGUUACCAAGGGAUGGCUGAGCUCUCAAUGGCACAUCUUGGUCCCACCUGCCUGGCUGGAUGCUUGUCUAAACUGGGUGAAGGAAGAGGCCAGCGGAGAAGCCAUGCCUCAAUCGCUGCUGAACCAACGUGUUUUGGAGCAGUGGCUUUUAACUGACCUGAGGGACUUGGCCCAUCCUGUGCUCCCCGCAGGCCUUUCUGAUGCACAGAAGACAGAACUGAACAGCUGCUACUGUAUUCAAAUGGACUCCUUAUUGGACAUCAGCCAGCCUGCAUACUCUCAACUGCAGCAUAUCCGGGGCACUGACCGCUCCAACGAACAAGUCUCAGCCUUUACGCAGGAAACUCAAAGGCCUUGGGAGGCCAAGCCUACGCGCAUGUUAAUGCUGCAACUUACAGAUGGAGUGCAGAAUUUGGAGGGUAUGGAAUACCAGCCUAUCCCAGCUUUAAGAGCCAACCUGCCACCCGGCACAAAGCUACAGUUGGUUGGGCCAAUUGUUGUCCGUCUUGGAGUGUUGCUGUUGAAGGCAGAGAAUGUUAAGGUGUUAGGAGGGGAGGUGGAACAGCUCUUGGAAAUAUAUUCUCAAGGCAGAUUGCUUAGUGAAGUAUUGGGUCUGCCUGAGGAAAACCAUCCACAGGCUGAGGAACCAGAUGACCAGGAGCUCUUGGCCAGUGUGGAGGCUGUGGUAGAUCUUCAAGUGGCUGACAGUGGUUAUCACAGCUUGACUUCACAAGCUUCUACCAGAUCAUCUUUUCCCCACUAUCAGUCACAACGGCAGCCAAUUCCCCAGCCUCAGAUAACACCCAUUUCCAGUGAAAACAAUUGGGAUGUGGUUGAAAUUCCAGAUGAUGACUUCAACAGUAUUCCAGACCAUUUUGAUGAUGUUCCACAAAACGUUGAUAGCAAUAUGGCGGAUGAUAUUCUUGAGGACUUUGAUGACAUCCCAUUAGAAGAGCUGGACAGUGUGAUGUGCCCCAUAGAUUCAGAAGUCUUACCCAGCACAGGGGCUCACACUGAAAUUGCGCAACAGACCUUUCCUGCUUCAAACUUGCCAAAUAUGCAAAGUCACAUCAACCGGGUGAAAAGUGGAGGAUUGAUCCACACAAAAUUUGCCAAAACUUCCACUGACAUCAGCAGUCACCACAAGAGGUCUAUACAUGAAAUUCCCUCUACGUCUGGUGUGAAUGAAUCCAAAUAUAUUGCAAGUAGCUCUACAAACAGAACAGAAUCUUCUAAUUGUGAGCAAAAAGCUGUUCCUCCUAUACCCAGGUACCUUUGCACAAUACAGGCUGGCUCUUGGCCGCCUGCUGACAUUCAAGUUUUACGACUCCAAGCCUUUAUCGUCACGCUGGUGGGAAACUUGCGCAGUAGUGGAGGCGAAUGGAAAUUAGGGGCCACCAUAUCUGAUGGAACUGGGUACCUGGAUGUGGAUUUGUGCGAUGCCAUGCUUGCUAACCUGAUAGGCUUUUCAGCAACAGUGGCCAGAGCGCUGAGGAAAGAUCCAGCGAGACGCAGUGAAGUGGACAAUGGAAUACUGCAUUGUCAGAAAGAACUGGUGGACAUGUGCUGUAUGAUGAGUGUGAAAGUGGAUCAGAUGGGCAGAGGAGUUGUGUUGCGUGCCGAUCUGCUUACUGAAAAUGAAUGCUAUGAGCUGCAGAGAAAAGUGAAAAAGAAGAGACUUUAAGUGGUUUUAUUUUCUCCACUCUGGCAGUGUUUCUUAUGAUUCACUGGUUUCAAUCCUAGGAUCUUCCGCUUACUUUCUCAAAAAUGCACCUUGUACAAUUUUUGGUUAAAAUAUUGUAUUCUAUUUUUUCAUUAUGUUGCGUAAAGUUUUUUUGUUACUUGU